UCAGGUAUAAAAGUCCUGCCGCUUCUCUUCCUCGUAAGCUGCGUAGCCCGCAGCGUCAGAGGGUCGUUCGAGGGCGUCGAUCCGAAUACGCUCUCAUGUGAUCCAAAAGGACAGAUUUUCCUCCUACUUCCACAUUUUACCGACUGCACCAAAUUCUUUAUGUGCGCGCACGGAGAGGAGGUGCUUUUCUCCUGCCCCGGUGGUCUCUACUUCGAUUUUGUAAUUCAAACUUGCAACUGGCCCCAAGCAACCGACUGCAUUCUCCGUAACCAGGAAAGUGAUGAGGAUAUCGACAACGGAUCUGGUGAGGACUUCCUGAGUGACAAGGCCGAUUUACCUUACGAUGGUAGUAUCAACAGCUUGACAGGUGACGGCGUGGCUAACAAGAUCAGGCCGCUAAACAUCGAGCAGCCUGGCAAAUCGCCCAGUUACAACACCAUGCUCAACUGCGUAAGGGCGGACGACGCGUCCAGACUUGUGCCUUACAAAGGUGAUUGCCAGCGAUACUGGCAUUGCGUGAGUGGCGUACCACAGACUGCGUACUGCUCAGAUGGCCUGUACUUCAACGAGAAAACCCAGCAAUGUGACUUCGAGGCAAACGUCAAAUGUUCCGUCGCGCAAGAAGACGAGCUUAACGGAGAGUUCCUCAUGACAAAGAAGAAAUAG